AUGGCCGACGACAAUACAAAGGAUGUGAAAAUCACCCUCUACUGGCUGGAGCAAUCCCGGGCGCAGCGCAUCCUAUGGCUACUAGAAGAGCUCAAACUGCCUUAUGAGCUGAAGCGGUUUAAGCGCAACAAAGACCUACUAGCUGACCCCAAGUUAAAGGAGAUUCACCCCCUGGGAAAGUCGCCUAUGAUAUCAAUCGAGGCGCCUAAGCUUGAGAAACCGCUUGUUCUGGCGGAGUCUGGUUUGAUUGUUGAGUAUCUAACGGAACAUUUCGGGCCAGCUCUCAUCCCCAAACGAUAUAGGGAUGGCUGCGAAGGGUCCGUUGGUGGCGAGACUGACUCGUGGCUACGGAACAAGUACUUCAUUCACUAUGCGGAGGGGAGCCUGAUGCCUCUAUUCUUAGUGCAGCUUGUGGUCGACAGGAUUCGAAACGCACCUGUGCCAUUCUUCCUUAAACCGAUCACUAGGGGCCUUGCAGAAAAAGUCGAGGAGUCAUAUCUAAGGCGCAGUAUAAAACUGAACCUCGACUUCCUAGAGGAUCAGCUAAAAACGUCUCCGGGAGGUGGCCGAUACAUAUGCGGAGAUGAGAUCAGCGGGGCGGACAUCAUGAUGAGCUUCAUGAUGGAACUCGCUUCUGUGAGCAAAGCGAUGACCGAAGAGACGUACCCUGCUCUGAAUAAGUACCUGGGGAAUCUAAGGGAGCGAGAGGCUUACAAGAAGGCCGUGGACCUCAUAGUCGAGCUAGAGGGUAGCUGUGAGGUCAUCCCUAGAUAA